UUUUUCGUCAACAUUCGCUUCUUGCAAGCAUCGCGCGGUGGUGCUGGUAUCGGGAUUCUUCUCUUCGAAAAUGGCAGCGACUAGGCGGCUGCAGAAAGAACUUACAGAGAUCAAGAAGGCUGGAGGAAAAUCAUUCCGCGAGAUCCAAGUAGAUGAAAACAACCUCCUCACGUGGCAAGGCCUCAUUGUUCCGGAGAAUGUCCCGUACAACAGGGGUGCGUUUCGGAUAGAGAUCAACUUCCCGGCGGAGUACCCAUUCAAGCCGCCCAAGAUCACGUUCCGUACCAAGAUCUACCACCCGAACAUCGAUGAGAAGGGGCAGGUCUGCCUGCCCAUCAUCAGUCCGGACAACUGGAAGCCCGCCACCAAGACGGACCAAGUGAUUCAGGCCCUGAUUGCACUAGUCAACGACCCCGAGCCUGAGCACCCCCUGCGUGCAGACCUGGCGGAGGAAUACAGCAAAGACAGGAAGAAGUUCCUGAAGAAUGCCGAGGACUUCACUAAGAAACACUCCGAGAAGCGACCACAACCCGACUAAACAUGGCAGCGGUGUACACGAGGACCGCCCUUAAGCUAAAAAAAGAUGUUUUUGUUUUCUUUAGCUGCUUUUAUUGUGGUUUCUUUUUUUUUCCACAUUUCUGCUUAUGUUGGGUUAAGACUAGUAGUUUGUUCAGCAAGUUCUCUAAGCUUAACAAAAUUAAACUUUUUUUUUUUCACUGUCAUCACCCCAAAGGAUGUGACGGUUUCUCCAUGCCGUGCAGUGAAAGAAAUGUAGCUGGAGUAUGUAACACCACGGCACUUGCAAUAUUGCCCAACUCUGUCGCAUUUCUUUCACUGUCAUUGCCUUGUUUGGGGCGAAGCAGUUGGCUCAAUUCGACUAGCUAUUGGGGAAACUGGCUUUAAAUUACGAGGCGUUUUGUUUGUGAGUAUCACUCAAUUCUUGUUAGCAUUGGUCUCUUCGAAGAGGCGGGGGAUCAGGGACAAGUCGUGGCCUUUUGAUUCUAAGGAGUGACGGGUCGUUCAAGACAGCUGCGUAAGCACGAGUUCUAAAACUUGAUCACAGCUAGACGGCGUCAGAUGUCCUAAGGGCCUCUCGCACCUCGAGGAUUGCCUUCUUCGGUACUUUGUGCAAAAUUGGCCUCGUCUUGUGGCUUUAGACCGCUAUUGUCACUGUGUUUUUGUUUUCACAAGUAGUUUGAGCAUGUUUGUACCAAUAUGGCUCUCCACGCAGACAGACCAUGUGUGAGAAAAGAGUUCAUAUUCCAGCAUAGCAGUUGGACACUGGUAAGAAUUUGACGCGUCGGCUUCGGAACAGUGUGCUUUCGUUCUAUCUUGGCAAUGCAGUAGUUGUACUUGGUUGUAUGGUGUGUGUGUGUGUGUGCGCAGUUACGAGAGGUUUCUGUUUUGGAGUCCUGGUAUCUGAGAACAAAGUGAGUAAGGCUGUGAUUUGGUUUGCUCGCCUUUUUAUACACUGGCACUUUCUGGAUUCAAAGAAUGGCACAAUCUGGGUAGCGUGGUCUAUUUUAGUUUUAGUUGGAAACUCUGCUUGCACGGCAUACUUUGUUCUGUCGGCGGUAGCAUGGCCCCUGGCAUUCUUUGCGCGGAGACAUUUUCACUUGAUGUAAUCUGAAGUGAAAGAGGUUUUUGUGUUGGAGUCUUUCUUUAGGGGGAGAAACACCUGCUGUGAAUGCGCCUGUUCGUUCCACGAGCGGUGGGAUAAGGCCGGACUUGGUUUCAUUUGUCCAUGAUUGCAGGACGGGAAACACUUCCACCAGAGACAAGGAGCGCUCGAUAUAGCAGAUGUUAAAAUUUUUGUAGAUGACAAGAGAUGCAGCAGAAUCACCUGAAUAAAUCUUUACUUGAUUUGUUGUUCUGCAAUCGA